AUGGGUAUUCCCCAACAAAUUCCUCGAAAAAAACAUGCUGGGUGUAGAAUAGUAGAGGGGGCAACUGCAAUUUCACAGGAUUCCGGCAUCCUCACAUCUGUGGGUACUGCAGGGGUUAACACCAUGCCGUCGCAUGUUCUUUCAGUAGUAAAGAGCAGGCCGCAGCAGCAGGACCAACUGUCAAUUCAAAGUCUGCCCCUUCCCUUUUUAGGCCAAACAAAAAAUAAAGUGGUUACACCAGUUAAAAUCGAGAAAUUACUGUUUCACUUGCUUGGUCACCAGCACUAUGGGUAUUUGGUUAAAGGUUUUUCACAGGGAUUUGAUAUUGGUUACAUUGGUCCUAGACGUCCUGUGGAAUGCAAAAAUUUAAAAUCUUGCUACGAAUUCCCUUCAGUUAUACAACAACAUAUUGAAUCGGAGUUAGCAUUGUCGCGCAUUCAAGGUCCUUUCAAAGUAAAACCUUUUCCCAAUUUUCAGUUAAGUCCAAUAGGUUUGGUUAAAAAGAAAACUCCUGGUCAAUAUCGAUUUAUUCAAAACCUAAGUCACCCAAAAGGUAACUCCUUCAAUGACUUCAUUCGACCAGAAUUAGCUAUGGUCAAGUACAUGUCAUUCGAUGAUGCAGCAUUACUGGUCCGUCAGCUGGGCCAAGCUUGUUACAUGGCCAAAACCGAUAUUGCAAAUGCUUUCAGAAUCAUUCCUAUUCGUCCAGAGGACCAUGAAUUGUUAGGUUUCCAGUUUGGGGAUGCAUAUUAUUACAAUGUAUGCCUGGUUAUGGGUAGCUCAUCUUCAUGUGCCAUUUUUGAAACUUAG